AUGUUCUGUCUACGAAGUUGGCUACCUCUCCUCUUCAUUCCUACCAACGCCUCACCCCUCUUCAUCAUCUCCUUUGUCGCCUUGACAUACAUCAUUCACCGGCCAUGUAUCUACUGUUCUGCACUCCUCCUGAUCCUCUUUGUCUCAUCAUGUCAUUGGUCAGACCGCUGCAUCUUUGAUCUACGCAGCAACUGGUUUGCUCCGCGGUAUAGUGCAGAACCCAGCAACUACAGUCCGAUGUCCGGAAACUCCACAGAAGCAACAGUACGCACGGAGGGUCUGACAGAAUUCGUCUUUGACACUGUCAACUCAACUGCCAAAGCACUGGCUGGUGCUGCCUUAGAAGGAGUGCAGCAACAUCUUGCCCCCAGUGGAAUGGAAUCCAAAUCUGACGAGUGGACUGGGGUGGGAUUAGAAUGGAUGCGUAGCCUUUUGGGCCGGCGGGAGUGGACACUUCCUUGUGUGGAUGUCAAAGUGCGACUAUAG